CCGUUGUUCAAGGACUUUGCGCGCAUCUAGCGCAGCUCGCCCGAACUCGAAGAACUGUCAUUUUCGAAUUCAGGGCCUGCGGGUAGUCCGGUCGAGUGGCGCGACGACGCACUGAAUCCCGAUAUGAUUCAGACCGACCAUAUAGCAGAUCCUGUCAUUCAUUUGCCUUCCCUCCGCAGUCUCGAGAUCGCCUCUCCCGAAUACGGACACAUAUGUCUCAUCGAACGCCUCGCGCUGCCCAACCUCGUCUCGCUGUCCGUUGGGGCGAUACAUCGUCCCCAAGACGUGUACUUCCCCGUUUGCGGCUUGGGCGAUGUUGGCGGUACUGUGCUCCUGAAGGCCCUCGCGCGACCCUCGCCUGUCACCGGCAGGUCAGUGUUCAGCAAGCUGCGAGAGAUCAACCUUACAAGAAUUGGAUGCGACGACGAAGCAGCCAUUGCAUACAUGUUUACAGAGCUGACUGAGUUGCUCUCGCUAAGUCUGGACGAUGAACUCGCGAUCAUGGAUUGGGAGGACGUGCUGAUCAAACAAUGGGAGAGCAUCGCACAUUCGAACAAGGAGCCCCUUCUACCGAAGUUAGAGACAUUCAAAACGACACGCCUAUCAAGCGAGUCUGCGCGCGAGCUCAUCCAGGCGCGGAAGGCAACCGGGAAGCCAUUCAAGAAGGCGUCCAUGGGCAGAACUUCUGUUUUUACGAAGGAGGAUGAGCAGUGGAUCAGAGACCAUGUUGACAUAUUUGAGCAUCAUGAUGGUCUGUUGGGAAAAGUGGUCCUCAAGACAGAAAUAUAGAGCGCACUGCAAAGUAUUCAUUUCCAUGUCCUUCGUCAUUGCUCCUCUGACUUGGGACAUUACAGUAAAUCACAUCGUCUUCGUCACAGAAGCACUCUGAAGAAUGAAUUGUAGCAGACCACGCCAUCGGACGCAUGCCUAUAAUUGGCCCAUGUAACGCUGACUCGCAUAU